AUGUCAAAGAAGAUGGAAACUGAUCAGAACGACAAAGAAGGAGUAGCAAAACCAGACAAAAUGUUUACCUUAAAGAAGUGGAAUCUUGUGGCCAUGUGGAGUUGGGAUGUAGAGUGUGAUACAUGUGCAAUUUGCAGAGUCCAAGUAAUGGAUGCAUGUCUGAGGUGUCAGUCGGAAAACAAACAGGAUGAUUGUGUUGUGGUAUGGGGUGAGUGCAACCAUUCCUUCCACAACUGCUGUAUGUCGCUGUGGGUGAAACAGAACAACAGAUGCCCUCUCUGCCAGCAAGAGUGGGUAGUUCAGAGAACUGGAAAGUGA